UCUCCUGCUCCUCAGGAGUCCCAGAUGACAUCAUGAGUUACCGCAGUGAUGCGCCUCGGCCGCCAGUGCCGGGUGAAGAGGGCCGUGAGGGCGGGCGCUUCUCCAGCAAGACUGCGUCUGAUUGGUCGGAGUCUCCGGCGCUCAUACCGCGCCGCUCUGAUCUGGGUCUGGGGUUCGAGCCUGAGGGCAGCGCUCCACCGGACGGCCCGUACGAGCCCUGGGCCGAGACGCUCCUGACGCUGCUGGACGACCGCGAUGGUACUGCGCUGUUCCUGCUCUUCCUGCGCACGCUGGGCUGCGCGGCGCUGCUCGAGUUCUGGUUCGCCUGCUGCGGGUUCCAGAAAGUUCCAGAGUUCGCGACGGGCCGGCGCCUCAAACUGGCCAGAGCCAUUUACCGCUGCUACCUGUGCGAGCGCAGCGGCGGCAUCGUGUCCCGCAAGAUCGCGGCUGAGACCAGAGGUGCCGUGCGAGACGCCAUCCAGCAGCUGCAGCUUGACUCAAGCCUGUUUGCGCAGGCGCAUGCGCAGGUGCAGGCCGUGCUGCAGGACAGCCUCUUCCCGCUGUUUCUCAGGUCAGACGUGUAUCUGAAACACUCUCAGACUGUCCAAACACCAGGAAACCUCAAAACGACACUGCAAGGAUGCCAGGCCAUGCCCUCGGAAGGGGUGGAGCCUGAGAAAGAGACACUCCCUCCUCAAAAUCCAGCCAAUCAGAAGCGUCUAAAUGAUCGGCAGUGCAGACAGGAGCAUCCCGUGUGUCAUCGACACCACAGAACACGAGAAAGAGACCAGAGACACACACACCUCCCACACACACCAGUGAAGAUGACGCCACACACUUUCGCAGCUGAACUGACGAGGCGUUUGCAGGAGCUGCAGACACACACUCAAAACCCUCGAGUGCCGAGACACAGAGAAGAGGAAACCGAUUCCAGUGGCUCCUCGUUGAUGGCAGACAGUGACGUUGAGAGGUGUGUUACAGUGGUGUAUUACUACAGUGGAGACGAGAUCCCGUACCGGACGUGUGUGCGGUGUGACCCUGCCGUGACCCUGGGCCGCUUUAAAGCCCUGCUGACGCGCACAGGCCCCUUCAGGUUCUUCUUCAAGCGGGCGAGCGGGGAGGUGGCGUGCGGGGCGGUGUACGAGGAGGUGCUGCAGGACGAAGCCGCUCUGCCCGUGUUUGAGGGGACGAUCACGGCCCGGGUGGAGAGAGCCGCUGAGCCGGGCCUGAUCUGAACACAGACUCCAUCAGGUCCAGCCGUCAUCGCAUGAGGAGUUAUGAGUUAUCAUCUGCUCUGCCUUUGAAUAAACAGUCGUUCUUGG